GUAAAAUCGGAGCGACGUGGGUACGGCUUACGAAUAUAUUGGGAUGCUUUAAUUAAAGAUUAUAAAAGGACCCAGCUAAAAGGAUUCGCUUAUAAAAUCAUUUACUAUGAAACACCCGAACGAAUCCCGGAAGAGCAUCAAAAGUCGGACCUUUGUGGUGUCUGUCGCAAAGAAUUACUUCCGCAAUUAACAAAUCAUAUAACUAUAUUAAAUUGUGGACACCUUUUCCAUUGGCAGUGUCUGAAACGCGAACCAU